GAAGGCAACUCCUCAACAACCAUGAAUGAGGAACAGUAUAUGCAGUCGCAACAGACUGCGUACGUCCUAAAAAAAUCAAAACGUCAAAGAGUUGAUACCGAUGGAUCCCUCAUAUCAGGUGAAGCAAAGCCUUAUAGUCUGAAUGGAACACCUUUUCUGCAACUAUUCAAGGGUGAUGAGCCUAAAGAGUACACAGCGUUACGUUACAGUACUUUCCAAUCAAGGAAAACAUAUCAAGAUACCAAAUUGAAAUCAACAUUAAGUUCCUUAACGCUCUUAUCCUCGAAUGAUAUUGAGGCAAUUGUUGCCAAUCCACUGGGUGAGACUAUGGACACAUGUGUAUUAUUAUCAAAUUCGAGCAUUUCAACAAGUUUGGUUUUCCUAUCACAGCUGACCACCCACCUCACUGCAAAUAACAACUACAAAGUCGUUACGAUAAACUCAAAGGAAUCAAGAACAAUGAGAUCGACAUUGAAGGCCAUAGUGAAGGGCAUAACGGGAGAUGCAGACUCAAAUGUACAAGCGAUAGAGAAUUUCCAAAAGGACCAGCUUAUUGAUCUUGAUGAUUUUGAUGAUUUUAACGAUGACGAAGAAGAUGAAGACGAGAUCAAGACAUUCGAUAGAAGACAUCCAUGGGAUCUGGACAUUGCCCAGGAAUGGUGCGAUCUCGUGUGGAAAAAGAAUGGGAACAACAUCCAUACUUCACAAUUACGUAUAGUGCUUGUUAUCGAAGAUAUUGAAUCGUUCAAUCUGUCUUUGCUUAAUGCUUUGCUGAGGCUAUUACAUUCAUAUUCGGACAGAUUGCCUCUGAAGUUGAUAUUCAACGUUGGGACAAACAUCAAGACGUUUUCUCAGAAGCUAUCACAUGAUGUACUACAUAUGAUGACAUUCCAUAGGUUCAACAUCGAACAAACUGAUCAAAUCAUCAACAGAGUCGUUUCAGACCUGGUUGUACCAGAUACACUGCUACUGGAUGAGGAGUUAGCGGGGUUUAUCCUACGCAGAUUCAAGGGUUCAGUUAAAAACGUUGGUGAUUUCAUGAACACCAUUACGUACGCUAACAUGACUCAUUUCUUUGCAAAUCCACUGUCAAUCAUACCAUUCCUUGGUGAAGAACAACUGAUGGAACUCCCCACGCGAUACUUGAAUGCGUUAAAAACACUACCAUCGUUCAGGAAAUAUAUCAGCUCAUUGGUAGACUCAGCAAAUGACAACUCAAAGCUGAAAUCGUUGCUGCAGAGUGAUGAUGCCACUAGACAACUGCUUAUAAAGUCCAUCAAGUCCUUUAAAAUCUAUACACAUUGCCUGAAAUCUGUGUUUUGGCUAUUCACUGAGGUUAUCGGCAAAAGAACGUUCAGAACAGGCAUGACCCAUCUCGAAAUAUACUGCAAACUGACCAGUAGAGAUAGUCUCAUCUCUAAACAACUUGUUAGUGAACUCUUGCUAAAAUUGGAUUCAAUCACUGUUGAAGAUUUAAAGGACAUCUUUGCUGAAAUUGAACAGGAAUCACAUGACAAUGACUUCCUCCAUGGUUUGUUCUUCAAGUUGAAGACACAUGUCGAUUUCAACUCACUCGAUGGAUUCAGAGGCAGCUCAUAUGCUGAGAAGAUGAACUUCAAGAUUGAAUCCCGUAAGCUUGUGAAGCUGUUCAUCUCAAUCUUGAGCGAUUUCCUCAAGAGCAACAUCGAGAAUCCCUAUCACAUAACGUUCCAUGAGCUAUUCACGCUUUCAGAUGUGGACGUCGUUAAACAGAACCUGGUCCCAUCGACCAAAAAUGACAUUAUGGAGGCACUUAUCAACCCAGAAGCCUACUUGGAAGGCUCGUGUACUGGCCAUGAAGUGUUGGACCGUCUAAACAAUUCCAUGGAACCCGUUAUCUCGACCAUGUUCACAAUAUACAGAGAGACCACGCUGGACUUGAACAUUUACGACUACUACGCGGUGUUCAAGAGUUCUCUCCCAAAGGAUGAAAUCAUGCGUGACCUUGAGCUCAUUCUCGACGACGAGUCCAAUAUACUUGAAUCGUAUCUGUCUGAUGAGUUAAGAUUCAAGUACAUCUACCAAUUCUUCAACGACAAGAAUAUACCCACGGAGUUGAAAUGGGACAAGCUGACCCUGACUUUCUUCCUUCAAAAGUGUGAAGAACUGGUCUAUUGUGGGUUCUUUAAACAGAAACUACACGCAAAGAAGAAAGCUGGCUCGUUGGAAAAGGCCGUCUGGAAGGAUGUCUAAGCUGGCAUAACAUAGACAGAAUAAUAUAGGGGUCUGUGCUCAAGGCACCGUUGCAUAAUCGUUCACGUUCUUGAUGUACUCGUAGAUGAAUCCAAUUCCGUAGAGAUGGCUGCUCAUCAGCUGAUACUCAUUCACGCUGUGAAUGCGGGACUUCUGGGCCCCUGGGUCGGACAUAGAGAAC